ACAUUAAUAAGUCAAAGCAUAACACACACUCUCCCUCGCUGGUGUGGUUAAAGUUGAAGAAGGGGAGCGUAAAAACUUUGUGACUACAUCCAGAAGGAACUUUGAAGUUAAAAAUGCACACAGCUGUAUUGGGACUCUUAAUUAGAAGUAUCCCAUUAAUCCUUUCAAUCCUUUCAUCUGAAAGUUCGUUGUUAUGGAAGGUUAGUGAAGCUAUUGAAGAAAUCAAGAAUGAGUUGAUAAUCAUGCAAUCCGUCUUAAUAGAUGCUGAAAAGAAGGGAGCAGGCAGCGAAGGAGAGAAAGCUUGGGUGGCAACUGUGACAGACAUAGCAUAUGAUGUUGAAGACGUCAUUCAUAAGUUCAUGUAUCAGAUCAGUAGAGAAGGAAUCAGUGGUCGAUCUGCGAGGUUCCUAUGCCACACCAUUUACUUUCCAAGAAAUCUAUGGGAGAGGCAUAAAACCGCAAGCAAGUUACAAAAAAUCAAGAAUAAAAUCAAGGUCAUUCCAGAUAUAAAGCAAGGAUAUGCUAUUGAUCAGAUGGAGGGCUCAAAUUCAAACUAUAAUCACAGACGGAACUUGCAUCAUGCUGAAUCACAUCUUUUUCUUAAAGAAGAUGAACUUGUGGGGAUAAAGGAUAAAAGACAAUUGCUAAUGGGUCCGUUGAUGGAUGGCGAGCCAGAACGAACUGUCAUUUCAGUAGUCGGGAUGGGAGGAUCAGGCAAAACCACACUAGUUGCCAACAUCUACAACAAUGAUGAUGUAAAGAGACAUUUUGACUGUUAUGCAUGGAUCACUGUUUCCCAAGUAUAUGACACAGAAGACUUGUUGAGAAGCAUGAUUAAAGAAUUCGACACAUCAUGGAAGAAUUCUAAUCAAGUCUAUCCAGAGGACUUGAGUUCCAUUGAGUACAGAGCAUUAUCAGAAAGGUUGGUAAACUACUUAGAGAAGAAAAAGUAUCUACUUGUGAUAGAUGAUGUUUGGGACACAGACCUCUUAGAUUAUUUAAAGGCGCCACUUCCAGAUGGUUGUCCUGGGAGCAGAAUCAUUGUUACGACUCGAAAUGAAGAUGUAGCUAGCUAUCAUUUUUGGGGUGAAAUCCAUAUUCAUCGUAUUGAGCUGCUGGAAAAGGAAGAGGCGUGGACACUCUUCUGCAAGAAAGCAUUCUCAAGUAGUCCAAAUGGAUGUUGUCCACCGGAGCAUGAAUUGUUGGCUCAAGAACUUGUGGGGAAAUGUCGAGGCCUACCUCUUGCAAUAGUGGCUUUGGGAAGUCUUAUGUACUCCAAGAAUAUUUCUCAAUGGAACAAAAUUCACAACAGCUUGAAUUGGAAUCUUAGUAACAAUCCUAGGCUACAAGGAGUGAAUAGUAUAUUGUCACUUAGUUUCAAGGAUUUGUCACACCAUUUGAAGCAUUGUUUCUUAUAUUGUUCCUUUUUCCCAGAAGAUUAUAUCAGGGCCGGCUCUAUGCCGCCCCUGGAUUAUAUGAUUAGAAGAAAGAGGCUAAUGAAGCUAUGGUUUGCAGAAGGAUUUAUUGAACAAGUUAAAGGGUCUACUCCAGAAGAUGUAGCAGAGGGAUAUCUUGAAGAACUUGUUUUCCGAAACAUGCUUCAAGUUGUAAGGAGGAAUGAAUUUGGAAGGCCAAAAGCAUUUAAGAUGCACGAUGUUAUGCGGGAUCUUGCUUUAUUAAUAUCAAAAAGAGAGAACUUUGGUGUUGUACAUAACGGAGGAGAAGAAUGGCAGAAUGCAAAGCACGCCGCAUUUCAAUUCACCAAUAAAGAACUCAGAUCAUUUUCUGGUGUGUCAAAGCUUCGUUCUUUUCUUGUUUUUAACAAGUUGAAAACAAUACCUUCCAGAAUUAAAAUGCUAAGGGUCCUCGAUUUGGCAGGUGCUGAAAUUGAUGAAUUGCCUAAUAAAGUAGUCAAUUUAUUCAACUUAAGGUACUUGAAUUUAAAGGGAACUUCAGUUAAAGAGCUUCCAAAAUCUAUAUCCAGGCUCCUUAACCUUCAAUCCUUGGACAUCAGUGACACAAGGAUAAAGGCCCUUCCUCGCGAAAUAGGAAAGUUGAAGAACUUGCAAUAUCUAAUUAUGCAUAGCUACAAUAGAAAUUCAAAUGAUUUCAGAAUUGUUAAUGGGGUGCAAGUACCAUCAAAAAUUUGUAGGCUAACGAAUUUGCAAUCUGUCUCUGUUAUUGAAGCAAGAGAUGACUUGAUAAGACAGAUUCGAAGCAUGACCCAACUUACCAGCCUUGGUAUUUCAAAUGUGAAAGCAGCACAUGAGAUGGAUUUGUGUGACUCAAUCCAAGGCAUGACUCUACUUCGCCGCUUGUUAAUCAUGGUAACGAAUGAGGAGGAAACUCUUCGGAUGGAUGCACUCUCAUCUCCUCCUCGCAACCUUCUAUCUCUUGUUUUGGUAGGAAAAUUAGAGAAGGUGCCACAAUGGUUUUCUUCACUUCAAAACCUCACAUUUUUGUAUCUGCAUUGGUCGAGGUUGAAAGAAGAUGUACUCCCUCAGAUUGCUGCUUUGCCCAAUUUGGUACGUCUUUCAAUUAACAAUGCCUAUAGUGGAAAGCAAAUGGUUUUCCAUACAGGCUUUCCUAAGCUUACUAGUUUGACGAUUCGUAAUUUCCCUGAGUUGAAUGAAAUAAUAAUAAGAAAGAGUGUGAUGCCAAAAGUGCAAUCCCUUUAUAUUGCCGACUGCAUGGAGUUAGAUACAGUGCCUUAGGGCAUUGAAUACCUUGAAAAUCUCCAAGAACUGAUUUUGGAGUCAGUCUCAAUGCAACUUAAAAAUCGCAUCAACUUGGGAGAAGGUAGUGUGGAUUUUGCAAAGGUGCAGCACAUCCCAAAGAUCUAUAUGAGGUAGUAACUCGAGAUGUUUCAUGAAGGCUUGUCCUGAAUCUCCUGAUUCGUU